AUGGCGAAUAUACGUCGAAAAGGAGAUCGUACUGAAUCAGUUAUACCAUCAUCUACUACACGUUCAACAACUCCAGCUAUUGCUUUUCAUCCUUCAAAAAAACCAAAUGCUGUUGUAUCUCAACCAUGGACUUUAGCACAAAUGUGGAUUGAAAGUAUUUCUAAAGAAGCAUCUACGAGAAAACAAUGGGAACAUAUGUAUGGAUGGAUGGCUGAUUAUGAUUCUAAAGGAAAUUUUAACCCAAGUAAACGUACAUUAGAAAAUUCUACACGUUUUUCUAAUACGAUUCCUAAUUCUCGUGGUCAUGAUUAUGGUCGGCAAUUACAAAAUCCAUUGGGAAAAGAAAUUGAAAAUUUACAAACACGUUAUGAUCCUCAAUAUAAAAAACGUGUACGAACUGUAGUACUUGGUUAUGAUUGA